CUAUGUCUGCUCGUCAAUCGCUAUAUUCUCGACAACAGUAGUUUCACCAAACAAUACCUGCUCAGGACUGACUUAAUAUUGAUAGUUACGCAUUCAUUGGUUCACUAAUGUGAGAAGACUGUUUUGCACCGGUUUGGGGUGUUUUAAAGCGGGAAUAAAUGCCGUAAAAGUAAAGAUGUCGAGGAAAUUUCGACCGGUUCCACACAGUAGUGGUAUGUACAGCGUUCGCGGCUCAGAGCUUGCAAGAACUGGCAACUCUAACCCACAAAAGAUUCGCUGUGUCGUGGAACUAUUGGAUGAUUCGGAGUUCAUCAUCGAUUUAGAGAAAGAUGCAAAAGGGGAACUCUUACUUAAAGAAGUUUUCAAGCACUUGGAUUUACAAGAAAAGGAAUUUUUUGGAUUGCAUUACUUUGCUCCAGAUUCUCCUGAUAAUAUGGUUUGGCUUAAAGAUGACAAGUUAAUCAGAAAGCAGAGGAAAGGUCCUACACCUUACAUUUUCUAUUUUGGAGUGAAAUUUUUUGUAUCAGAUCCAGCAAAGUUAUCAGAAGACCUAACAAGAUACUAUUUUUACCUUCAAAUUAAGAGAGAUCUGCUAACUGGAAGACUACCUUCUUUCUAUGACACUGCUGCUGAGCUUGCUUCUUAUGUCCUUCAAGCUGAGCUUGGHGACUAUGACCCAAAGCUUCAUCUGGAUGGUUAUGUUGGAGAGUUUAGAUUUAUUCCUGAUCAGACUGAGGACUUUGAAGAAAGAGCAUCAGAGUUCCAUAAACAUCAUGUUGGCCAAACUCCAGCAGACGCUGAAUUCAAUUAUCUUGAAGUUGCCAAAAACCUGGAUCUAUAUGGUGUAAGCCUGCACUGUGCACAGGAUACACAAGGAACUGAUCUGUACAUUGGCAUAUCUGCUCUUGGUCUUACUGUAUAUCAUAACAAAUGUAAAAUCAACUUUUUUCCAUGGUCUAAAGUGGUYAAAGUCUGYUUCAAAAGAAAAAGGUUUUACAUUCAAAUCCGUCCUGAUUGGAAUGAAUGGAAAGACAACACCAUUGCCUUUCAAAUGCAAACUUACAGAGCCACAAAGAACCUUUGGAAAACAUGUGUAGAGUACCAUUCAUUUUACAGGACCCACUGCCCUAAACCCAUGAAUAAUCGCCGGCUAUUUCGAAUGGGCUCAAAGUACAGAUACAAGGGGAAGACUGAAUAUCAAGCUAUUGAAGAAAGUCGAAGCCAUGUAAGACCAGAGCCUAAAAUUGUUAGGACUCUAAGUCGACGGUAUUCCAAACGUAGUGACUCAGGUACAUGGUCACGGAGCUUAAGAAGACUAGAUCUAGAUCGCGAGUUUGAGAAGGACACAUCAGCGUUCAUUGAGAAACAUGCACCUCCAUUCCAUUACUCCUCGGCACCUAACAGCACUGACAAGCUUAAUAGAAUUGGUAAUGUCAAGAGGUCCCACAGUACUAGCGCCAAUGUUGGAGGAUUAGUGAAGCCAUCGCAUGAGAGUCAUAAGAAAGAAGGAUCUUGUGAUUCCUUGGAYAGUAAAGGGUCAGAGGGAGACGAAUCAAAGGUGGGAAAUGGUACGACGCCACAGGAAGGUCUCAUUAACGUCAGGAUGGAACCUGAUGAAUUGGGUCGCUUUGGUUUCAAUGUUCAGGGUGGCUUUGACAUCGAGUUGCCCGUCAUCAUAUCCAAGAUUGCUCGUGCAACACCGGCUGAUCUAUGUAUGCCGCAGUUACAAGAAGGAGAUGAAAUCAUAUAUAUUAACGGACAGGCCAUGAAGGGACUCACACAUCAAGAGAUUGUCGACUUAAUACGUAGUAUAAGCUGCUCAAAAAACCAAGUAUUAAUACUAACUAUAAGACCAAAUGUUUUCGCCUCUCAAGGAGCAAGAUCUCUUGCCGAGUCGCCAGAGAACGUGAUUUCACCCGAGCAGUAUUCAGCAGCCGAGUUACAACAUGAAAAGCAAAAAAUAGCAGCCAAACAAGAAAAGGUUGAUUCACGUGACGAAGAGGCUCUUAGAGUAUCCAUGGAACAAUUACGAGAGAAUCUAGAAAGUGGAGACCUCUUGAUGUAUUUUCAAGAACUUUAUCGGAAAAAGCCGGGAAUGUCGAUGGACGAAGCUCGAAAACCUGAAAAUCUCCCAAAGAAUAGAUAUCGUGAUAUUCUUCCAUAUGAUGAUACUCGAGUAAAGUUGAUAAAGGGAAAUAGUGAUUAUAUCAACGCCAACUAUGUGAAUAUGGAUAUCCCGUCACGCGGAAUUGUACUAACAUACAUCGCAGCCCAGGGACCGCUAGAAAAGACUUGUAAAGAUUUCUGGCAGAUGAUUUGGGAAAAGGAAUCCACGUUAGUUAUCAUGCUUACGACCACUGUUGAAAGAGGACGGGUGAAAUGCCAUCAAUACUGGCCUGAGGGGGAGGAUACGUGGACAUUUGGUAAUCUAGAGAUUAUAUGCACAAAGAUUAGAGAUUUCUCACCGUCUUAUGUUUAUCGAGAGAUGUAUGUCACUGAUAAUAAAAGUCUGCGAAGCAGAGUAGUUGUACAGUUGCAAUAUUUGGCUUGGCCUGAUCACGACGUUCCUGAGGACGCAACAGACUUCUUAGAAUUUAUUCACAGUGUCAGGCAUUACCGUGAGGGGACUAGUACCCCAGUCGUGGUGCAUUGUAGUGCUGGUGUUGGUCGAAGCGGUGUGUUAAUGUUCUCCGAGACGGCUUUCAAUAUGAUUGAAGGCGCAGAGCCAAUUUAUCCUUUAGAAAUAGUCAGGAAAAUGAGAGAUCAGCGAGGAUCACUUAUCCAAACGCCUGGCCAGUUCUUGUUUGUCUGCGAAGCGACGUUAAAAGCGUAUGAUGAAGAAGUUGUAAGACCUCUACCUAGAAGCUGAGGUUCUAUAUACAAGUAAUGCAAUUUUUUUAUACCAUCGAUACCAAGAACUUCAAAGCAUUCAUCUUCGCAUACGUCUCUGGUACAAGUGUCCAGGAAGAAGAGAUGGUGAUACAGUGAAUAUCAAGACAAUCGACUCUAAACUUGCUUGGAAAGGAAAAAAGCGAGCUAUGUUGAUGUUCAUGAUGAUGAUGAUGAUGAUGUUCAUGAUGAUGAUGAUGAUGAUGAUGAUGAUGAUGAUGAUGAUGAUGAUGAUGAUGAUGAUGAUGAUGCGUAUUGAUGAUAACAAUGAAUUAGAAAAUUAGAAUUGACAUCGAUAACUGCAACAGUUAUACAUCUUAUAACAAAUAGGAUAAAAAACAUUUUUAUAUUCACUACUUMCUGGUGUGUUCUAACACAUAUUAAACUGRGUACUMUAAGUAUUUUUUUAUUAUUUCAUUUGUGAUGACGUAGUGGUUUGCCAAAUACGAUGGAAACUGCUCCUUGUGUCAAUAGAGUCUCUCYAGGUCCUUUCCUCACAGCCUAAAUGCUCUAUAGGCAGACUAUCAGACUAUAUGAAUGGCUAUUUUGUUAGUGAGUGUCUAGAUAUCUCAAAUGGUGCCACCCUUUAGGGCCUUUAUGUCAAGGAGCUUGAUAUCAUCUUCUGAUAUUCGCGUUGAAUUACGAGUGUGUAGCCAUAAGCAUAAGCAAAGCUUAUGCCCGGUCCGGUUCUACGCUUUGUUUCGCAUGUGCCAUUUUUUUUUCUUAUGACGUCACGUGUGUUUCGGCGAAAUGCAUCAUGGUAUUGAUGAAAAAAUCAAGAUUGUGGAUGUCUUUAACAACUACCAAGGGCAAAGUUUCUUUGCGAAAUCAACUUUAUUAGUCGUCGAGGAUGCUUUUGAAAGCAGUAAAUAUACUGCCUACAAGAUAAAGUAUGCUAAAACACCCGUUUGCGAAAAUGAUGUUUGGUAUUCAGAAAACAGCCAGAAACAACGGGCAUGCUAAAAACAACAGUUUGUUUUCYCAUCAAUYCCAUGGUGUAUUUCGCUAACGUCAUUAGGGCAAAGCACCAUUCACUACUAACUUCAAUACAUGUUAAAUACGCCGUGAGAAACAGUCGAAUAUAAUGCAAUGAUUUGAACAGUUCCUACGGCGUAUUUUACAUGUGUCUUUGCGUUGUGCUGUCGUGUUCGUGGUAUAACGCCUUUAAGUACAAUUCAGACCCUGUUAGCCUGUUCAUAUUUUUAGAUGACAGCGAUUGUAAUUUUAGAUGAAAAUAUCGUUCUAUCGUAAAUAGCUAUGCGAUUUUAUUUAAAUGACAGUGCUAAAUAUAUAAAAUCAUGUUAAAAGGUAUAAUAAAGUGUUACCUUAUUAUUUCUAAAAA